AUUUCUUUGUGUUAACAAAAUAAAGACGAGAGUCGGUCAGCACCUUCUUCCUCCGUUCAAUCUUUUUCUUCUUCCAUUUUGAUUGAGAUCACAUGAAACUCCAGCUUCCGGAUCUCCUUCAAGAUUCGUCUGAUUCCUGUGGGAUCGACUCUGGAACUGGUAAUCGGGGAAGAACGAGGUACGCAUCGAUGCGAGGUCAACGUCUCCUUUGAUGGGCAACACAUGCCGUGGUUCUUCUAGUAGCAGAGUCCACCUUCCCAAGCCCUCAUCCAAUAGACAAUCUAUUUCCCACUCCUGCUCCAACUCCUCCGGCUCCACCUCCUCCUCGGACACCCCUAAAGCCGCCGCUGCCGCCGCCGUCGUCAUGAGAUUGGGCAACGACUCUCCCGCCGUUUCCACCGUCGUCGCAUCUGGAGGGUUCUACGUCCUCGGGCAUCCAACCCCUAACAUCCUAAACCUCUACGCCCUCGGGCACAAGCUCGGGCAGGGGCAGUUCGGAACGACCUACCUCUGCACCGACCUCGCCACCGGGAUGGAAUAUGCAUGCAAGUCCAUCUCCAAGCGGAAGCUCAUUUCCAGGGAGGACGUGGAGGACGUGCGGAGGGAGAUCCAGAUCCUACAUCACCUCUCCGGCCACAAGAAUGUUGUUACCAUCAAAGGCGCCUUUGAGGAUGCCCAAUUUGUGCACAUAGUCAUGGAGCUGUGCGCCGGAGGUGAGCUCUUUGAUCGGAUCAUUGAGCGCGGGCACUACAGCGAGCGCAAGGCCGCCGAGCUCAUCAGGAUCAUUGUCGGGGUUAUUGAGGCUUGCCAUUCCUUGGGGGUCAUGCAUAGGGAUCUAAAGCCGGAAAAUUUCUUAUUGGUCAACAGGGACGAUGAUUCAUCACUCAAGCUCAUUGAUUUCGGGCUCUCAGUAUUCUUUAAGCCAGGUCAGAUAUUUACAGAUGUGGUUGGAAGCCCAUAUUAUGUUGCUCCCGAAGUACUGUGCAAGUGUUAUGGGCCAGAAGCUGAUGUCUGGACAGCAGGUGUUAUACUUUACAUACUGUUAAGUGGUGUGCCACCUUUUUGGGCUGAAACUCAGCAAGGAAUCUUUGAGGCUGUUAUAAAGGGGGCCAUUGAUUUUGACUCAGAUCCAUGGCCUUUGAUCUCUGAAAGUGCCAAAGAUCUUAUAAGGAAAAUGCUCCACUCUCCUCCUUCAGAACGAUUGACAGCACAUCAAGUUCUAUCUCAUCCCUGGAUUAUUGAGCAGGGAGUUGCUUCUGACCGAGCUCUAGAUCCAGCAGUUCUCUCCCGUCUCAAACAAUUUUCUGCAAUGAACAAGCUAAAGAAGAUGGCCUUGAGGGUUAUAGCUGAAAGCCUCUCAGAGGAGGAGAUUGCUGGACUUAGAGAAAUGUUCACAGCUAUGGAUACAGACAACAGUGGUGCAAUUACUUUUGAUGAGCUAAAAGCAGGGUUGAGAAAAUAUGGUUCUACAAUGAAGGAUACUGAGAUCCGCGAUCUCAUGGAUGCGGCCGAUAUUGACAACAGUGGUACCAUUGAUUAUGGUGAAUUUAUUGCUGCAACAAUUCAUCUGAACAAGCUGGAACGUGAAGAACAUUUAAUGGCAGCAUUUUCAUACUUUGACAAGGAUGGAAGUGGCUAUAUUACUGUUGAUGAGCUCCAACAGGCUUGUAAAGAGCAUAACAUGACGGACGUUAUUCUUGAAGAUAUAAUUAAAGAAGUCGACCAAGAUAACGAUGGGAGUAUCGACUAUGGGGAGUUUGUUGCUAUGAUGCAAAGGGGCAGUAUGGGAUUGGGAAGGCGAACAAUGAGAAAUACUCUGACAGUAAGCAUGAGGGAUGCCACUUUUUGAGUAUUUAACUCGUAAACGUUCUAAUCUGUUAUUAUAAAAGACAGCUUCCUUGUCUUUUUUAUUUUUUUUGUUUUGUUUUCUGUGUUGAGUUGUGAGAGAUAAUGUGGAAAAAUAUGUUUCUUAGAAUCUAGUUUAAUAGAUUGUUGACGGUAGGUUGAGAAAUCUGAUGUUCAAAUUGGGAUCUGUCUUGCAAGCUAAUUGAUUAGAUUAGCCAUGCACUCAAACUCAUAAUAACUAAGAUAUGUUUGUUUAUAUA